AUGGCUCCCCUCACCUUAAUAUGGCUAGCGAUAGAUCGGGUAGUCGAUGGGAAAGUGACCAACUUGAGAUCCAAAGAUGGUAAAAGAAGAUAUGUCAUACCAGCUUGUUACGAAGAUAUACGUAUGUCGAAUAACAGGAAUAAGAAGGAGAAUUAUAAGGAUGUGAAUUAUCUGAUCAGGUCGGGGAGAAUGGCAAUGGAGAAGGGUGAUGCUCAGGUGUUUUAUAGAAUAUUCUGUCUGAUGUCAGAAUUGAACAAACGUAAUACGGGCUCGAGUGGCUGUUUUAGCUCAAGCGACUUGAAGCACCUGAGUUAUGAUCAUGGUAAGAAAGAAUUAUCAAAACUGGUACGAUCCGAUCAGUCGUCUAUGAGACAUAUGAAGAAUUACGCUUGGUUAAUGGAAAGUAUCAUACCUUCUCCUACAGGAGGAUUCCGCUUAGGUACAGGAACGAUCUUCAUGGCGAUCCCAUUUCUAGGAGCGUUACUGACAGCAUUGAUGAACUCGAUGGUCUAUAUAGGGAUUGCCACCCGAGUCUCAGCUCCGAGAUGGUUAGUUACAGAGAUCUUCUUACCUCUGUUCUGGGCCGUUUUCUUCUCAUUCAUCAUGCCCUCUUUAGGCGAUCUACCCGCCUCUCGGAUUUCACCAUCCCGUCGAGCAGCCCGUAAAGUCAAAUACUGGUUGAAGCUACGUACGAUCACAUCACUCGAUGAGCGAGAUCCCGAAACAGGUUUAUGGAUAUCAAAGCAUAUGGGUAGUAUCUUCCCGAAUUUACCGGAUGGGGAUAGAUACGCUUGGCGGUAUAGCGAUGGUUUGAGAAAAGAGAUUUUUGGCGAUGAUCUGAAGCAUCUCUAUAAGACUAAGAUUAAGAAUAGCAUAGAAGAUAGAGUGUGA